AUGGCUGUCAAGAUGUAUCGGCUUUGGAUCGGCGGAAAAGAGGAGCCGGGAGAGCACGGCGAGUCCGGAGCGUACGUAUGUGAACAGCCCUAUCUCUGUACGACCCGGUUACUGACUUGGGGAGUAUGCCCAUUGAGAACCCGGCAACCGGUCAGAUAUUCGCCUAGUAAGUGCAUACAGUAACUCUCUCGUACUGCUGGGAGUCCUUCAAAGAUCUACAAUUGACAAUUACUUCAGCUGCUCCGUCGCCACAGAAAACGAUGUCAACCGCACGGUGGAAUUGGCCCACAAGGCCUUCAAGUCAGGCAUCUGGUCCAAAUUGGAUCGUCAUCGCCGCGCGGAUGUACUGGAGAAGAUUGCAGACUUACUGGCGGCCAAGUUACCCGAUCUCAUAGCGCUUGAAGUCGAGCAGACAGGACGAGCCAUCCGAGAAAUGAACGCCCAGGUGCCUUCGCUUACGAGAUGGUUCAAAUACUACGCUGCUCUGAUCCGUACAGAAGAGAGGUCUGUACUACCUACGACGGGGAAGCUGCAUAAUUGGAUCGAUCGGAAGCCGCUCGGAGUUGCAGCUCAAAUCACCCCUUUUAACCAUCCUCUACUGAUUGCCGUGAAGAAGAUCGCUCCAGCCUUAGCGGCUGGUAAUUCUGUCGUAUUGAAGCCUUCUGAGCUGACUCCUCUUACGUCUUUGCUUCUUGGUCCAAUAUUUCAGCAAGCUGGGCUGCCUGAUGGAGUAUUCAAUGUGCUGGCGGGAGAUGGCCCUACGACUGGCAAAACACUGGUGUCGCACCCUUUGAUCAAGAAGGUGGAUGUCACUGGUGGAACGCCCUCUGGUCGAGCCAUUGGUGCCAUUGCUGGACAGAACCUGGCCAGCUACACGGCCGAGCUGGGAGGCAAAGCGCCGGUUGUCGUGACCAAGAACGCAGAUCUGGACCUCGCCGUGAAUGGGGUUUGUUUCGGGUCCUUCAUCGCCAGCGGCCAGACGUGCAUCGCAGCAACCAGAAUCAUCGUCGAGCGCUCUGUUCUUCCUGGAUUUCUGGAGAAACUGAAAGCAAAAGUACUAUCAAUCGAGCGCAGAAUGGGAGCACCGACCAAUCCACAUUCGAUGAUGGGUCCGUUGAUAUCCAGGAAACAACUUGACAAUGUCAUCACAUUGGUGGAAAACGCAAUAAAAAGUGGAGUAAAUGUUGUAACUGGUGGCAAACGAUCUUCGGGUAGCUCGGAUCUAGAUGGGAGUGACCUCUCUAAAGGGUACUUCUAUCCGCCUACAGUGCUUACCGACGGCGCCGCUAAGAUUGUCGAUACUCGAAUUUGGAGGGAAGAAGCCUUUGGUCCGGUGAUCGUGGUCGUUGGAUUCGACGGAGAGGAAGAAGCGCUGCGACUGGCAAACGAUAGCGAAUUCGGCCUCGGUGCCGCUGUGUGGACAAAUGAUCUAUCACAGGCGUACAGACUCUCUGAUGGCAUUGAGUCCGGUAUAUGCUGGGGUAGGCGCUUCCACCAUGCAAGUUUGAGAGGAGCCAUACUGACUGUUAUAGUGAAUACACAUCAUCGCAAUGACCCGAGUAGCCCUUGGGGUGGUGUAGGUAGCUCGGGAGUGGGUAGUGAGAACGGCAUUGGUAAGCUAGCGUGCGAUGUGAGAAGAUUGUGAUCCUUCUCGGGGCUAACGGAGUAAAUCAGAUGCGUACCAUGCGUACACCACGACCAAGAGCACGAUCAUCAACUAUGCGUCGACAGAAGAGGCUUCGGCUACAGAUGACUGGUUUAGAGACGGGGGCGGCCAAGUACGAUACGGCUAA